AUGAAAGCUUCUCCCUCGGACAGUGUCAAAGCUGCGGUUUUCUCUUUGCAACCGAUUACGCCUGUGUUGAAUUAUGGUAGUCGUUGGCAACGCUUUGGUUGUGAGUGGCCCCCAAAGUCGGUGGAGAAUAUUCGAAACCCUAAAACAGGACUAUUCAAUUUGGCCAUUCAGCCAUGUGUCGGAAAACAGAAUGUCAAACAUCAUUCGGACACUUGGUGGGAACGAUAUUAUAAAUUGUUGAACAUUCUGUAUCCUGGAAAUUUGCCGAACGGAUCUCUGACACAUAGAGCUCGUAUCAUGGAACGUAAGCUGCGUGUUAAUCCAGCUGAAUACAAUUUUCAGCUAUACCCGCAAUUAAUUGAUGUCAAAGAAACAGUUUCACUAAUUCGUCAAGGACAAGAAGUGUUUCGAGUAUUGGGUCAUUGGGCCGUUUUCCAAACAUUUAUCGAAGAAUUUUAA